AUGAGAAGAAAGGGAAUUAAGAAGACAGUUAUUAGAAAGUCUGUAAGAUUGAUGCAACAGAACAAGGAGGCUGCUGGUACAUCUGGUACAAAAUCAUUGGUCAGUGAGAGUGAUGAUGAAUCUUUCAAUCCAACCCUGUCAGACCAUAGUUCUGACAGUGAUACUGUGUCUUUGGUUGAUAGUGAUAAAGAGGCUGAGGUAGAGGAUGUUGAUGCAGAUUAUUUUGAUCCAUUUGAAGCACCAAUUUGGGAUGAUGACUGUGAUGACUUUGAUAAUUAUUUGAAUAAGUUGUAUAAGAAUGGGGAGUUGUACAAGGACAAAGGUUUUGGGAAUAUUGUCAUUAAGGAGUGGCAAUUGUUUACAGAUAAGCAACAUUUGAGGGAUGUGAUUAGGGAUUAUUGCAUACAAUGUGGUUUUUCAGUGAUUGUUGAUAAAGCAGAUAGACUUAGAUACACAAUUAGUUGUAGUGAAGCAAAAUGUCAGUGGCGGUUGCAUGCUUCUAGGCUGCCUGAUGGUGUCACUUGGGCUAUCAAGAGCAUUCAAAAUGCUGAACACACAUGCUUGGGAUAUGGUGUUGAGAUGCCACAACCAAGCUUGUAUAGGGUUAGGAAUAUGGCCUUGAGUAUCAUUCAUAGUGGGCAUGAUACAUCAUACAGUGCAUUGCCAUCUUACUGUGAUGUUAUCAAAUCAACAAACGAGGGUUCAUAUGCAAAUUGUGCUUGGUAUCCCCCUACACAUCCUGAUAGACCACUAGUGUUUAUGAGCAUUUUUGUAUCAUUCAAGGCAUCUCUGGAGGGCCUUUUUUCUGGUUGUAGAAGUGUUAUUGGAGUGGAUGGGGCUCAUUUAAAGGGUAAUUAUGGUGGGGUUUUGUUAUCUGCAAUUGCCCUUGAUGGCAACAAUGAAAUGUUUCCAGUGGCAUGGGGUAUUGUCUCAUGUGAGGAUGAAGAGAGUUGGAAGUUUUUCAUUUGGCAUCUUAAGCAUGUAUUAGAACCAAGUAAAAGAGGCGACAAUUGGUGCAUAAUAUCUGACAGACAGAAGGGAAUUGACAAGGCUCUCACUGAUUUGUGGCCUAAGGUGCAAAGAAGGUAUUGUUGCAGACACCUUAGUGCCAACUGGAAGAAGUCUUUUCAUGGGCCUAAGUUAUGGCAAUUGUAUUGGCUAGCAUGUGGGGCCUUCUCACCGUACACAUUUGCAAAGGCCAUGAAUGAGAUCGAAAAAAACAACCCUGCUGCAAGGAUAUGGCUUGCUAAUUUGGGUCCACAGGAGAGAUGGACAAAACAUAGGUUUGACCCUGAAUUGAAGUGUGAUGUUAACACCACAAAUUUUGUAGAAAGCUUCAAUGCCACCCUAGGAACUGAUAGGUGUAAGCCAGUGUUAAGUUUGUUAGAGGGAAUUAGGAGAGUAACAAUGGUUAGGUUAGCAACAAGGAGGAAAAAGUGUGAAGAAUGGGAGAGGCUGUGUCCAAAUAUUGCGAAGAGAGUUCAAGUAUUAUGCAAUGAGAGUAGGUCAUGCAGGGCUUUCAUGUCUAGUCCAGGGGAGUAUGAGGUGGUGGAGGGUAAAUCAAUUAUGGCUGUCAGUUUAAACCAACGCACAUGCCAUUGCAAUGUCUGGCAACUCACUGGGAUACCAUGUAGGCAUGCAAUGAGAGCGAUACUUCAUGAAGGUCUUGAUCCACAAUCCUUGGUUGAUGAUUGGUAUUCAGUAGAGAAAUAUAAGUUGACCUAUCAUCAGAGCAUUAAACCUAUCCCUGACCAGGGUAAGUGGCCACCAACUGAACACCCUGCUAUACUACCUCCUGUGCUGAAAAGAGGUGUUGGUAGGCCUUGUAGGAACCGAAAGAGAGGUGAUGAUGAAGAGAGGAAGGCAAAGAGGAGCAAGACAAUUAAAUGUGGGAAGUGUGGGGAUUUUGGUCACAACAAGUCCAGCUGCAAGGGAGGGCCAACAAAAAAACAGAAGGCAGCAGCAUCUUCUUCAACUUUGAAGUGCAAGGGAAAGAGCAAAGCAAAAUGA